GCAGCUCCUGCCACUCUGCCCAGUCCCUUUUGCCUGGAGUGGGGUGGUGGGCACAGGCGGCCUCGCCUGUCAAUGCCACCCUUGGCAGGAUCGGAGGAACAGGGGCAGCCAUGCCUCCCCCAGCCCCCGCUGCCCCGCGCUAACCUGCAAAGUGUGGGCGCCCUUGGGACCCCAGAGGACUGACUGUCUGACCUUGCUGCACGCCCUCGACAACAACUCCCCCAAGAUGUCGCUCGAGUGGCUGGUGGCCUGGAGCUGGUCGCUGGAUGGCCUCCGGGACUGCAUCGCCACGGGCAUCCAGUCGGUGCGGGACUGCGACACCAGCGCCGUGGCCACCGUGGCCUGCCUGCUGGUCCUGUUCGCGUGGUACUGCUACCACGUGGGCCGGGAGCAGCCCUGGCCCUAUGCCUCCGUCAACGCCCUCAUGCAGGGCACGGACGCCAACGGGCUGCAGAACGGGUACGUGUACUGCCAGUCCCCCGAGUGCGUGCGCUGCACCCACAACGAGGGCCUCAACCAGAAGCUCUACCACAACCUGCAGGAGUACGCCAAGCGCUACUCGUGGUCGGGCAUGGGCCGCAUCCACAAGGGCAUCCGCGAGCAGGGCCGCUACCUCAGCAGCCGGCCCUCCAUCCAGAAGCCCGAGGUCUUCUUCCUGCCCGACCUCCCCACCACGCCCUACUUCUCCCGGGACGCCCAGAGGCACGACGUGGAGCUGCUGGAGCGCAACUUCCAGACGAUCCUGGGCGAGUUCGAGGCGCUGUCCAAGGGCUUCUCCAACUGCAGCCUCCCGCAGGGCUGGAAGAUGAACAGCACCCCCAGCGGCGAGUGGCUCACCUUCUACUUGGUCAACCAGGGCGUGUGCGUUCCCAGGAACUGCAGGAAGUGCCCACGGACGUACCGCCUGCUCGGCAGCCUUCGGACCUGUAUCGGGAACAAUGUUUUUGGGAACGCGUGCAUCUCCGUGCUGAGCCCCGGGACUGUGAUCACGGAGCACUACGGGCCCACCAACAUCCGCAUCCGGUGCCACUUAGGUCUGAAAACUCCGAGUGGCUGUGAGCUGGUGGUGGGGGGCGAGCCCCAGUGUUGGGCAGAAGGCCGCUGCCUUCUCUUUGACGACUCUUUCCUACACACCGCAUUCCAUGAAGGUGCGGCGGAGGAUGGCCCGCGGGUGGUUUUCAUGGUGGAUCUGUGGCAUCCGAAUGUCGCCGCGGCUGAACGGCAGGCCCUGGAUUUCAUCUUUGCUCCAGGCCGAUGAGAACACUUCCCUGGGCCAGGUCGGCGCGAGUGGCCUGGGGCCAGCCUGGACAGCCUGGGGGACGGUCCAGCGCCCACGUGUUACGAUUCCAUGCUCAGAAACCUGCCUCGACAGAAAGCGCUCAUUCGGGAUUUUUAUACCGGGUGGGGUCCCUCUUUCCUUCCGUUGUCAGUGGGAAAUUUCAGCUUGUAUUUCCUUAGAGGUCUUUUUCCUUCCGUUCGUUUGCUUCUGCGGUUCGUUUCCGCCUAACGGCGCGGUACUGCGCUCUGCGGCCAGAGGCUUGGUGCCCCUGUUGUCAGUGUCGCGUUGCCACUUGUUCUUUUCAGUGAUCAGAUGGUUCUUUGUCUGAAUGUAACAACGUAAAGCUUCUUGCGGUCACCAUAAAAAACAGAAGACACUGCAAACCAGAGCGCUGGAGAACGUGGCCUCUGCUGCUGUCACGGCUGCAAGGGGGACCCCUCCACCCGCCAGGCAGGGGGAGGCUGCAGUCCCUGCCCCCGGCCAGCUGCAUGGGCAGGGUGGACAUGGUCAGGGGCACGGCCUGGGGAAACGUCACCAUCCGCUCACCCCACCGCAAACCCUGUCCGCCUGAUGGCGGAGAGCACGCGGCUGCGGGACCAGAGGCUUUUCUGCGACGUGGCUCUCCUUCAGAGCUGAGGCUGGUGUCCUCGGGCGGGGCUCCCACGGAUCGGCCGCCGAACGUGUACUUCACUUACCUCACUGCCUACAGAAGCCCCACUGCCACCCGGGCCUGCACAGUCCCCGUCUUAGCCGUUUGACGAUGAAUCUGAGACCACCUGGUUGGCCCGUUGGAGCCGUGGCGGGCCAAGACGUCACGUGUCCAGCGACAUCUGGGAAGCCGUUCUCUGGCAGAACUGGAACCCUGGGUGUGACCCAAGUGUCUGUUUCGUUUGGAGUUUCGUUGCCUCUGAUUUUCCAUUUCCCUGUCUGUACAUAAGUGUUCAAACGCUGGGCUCAGGAACAGUGGGAGAGUCAGCCCUGUGGCCCUGUUACUGCGAAGGUGUGAGCCGAGUGAUGGCAGCCGAAGCGAACGUGUGAGCGAGGAUCCCCGGAAGACCCACAGACCCAAAGGGCCCUGGUCCCGGAGCUGGCCUGGCCCUCCCAUCUCCUGUGAAGGGCACGGCCCGGUGGGGGCGCUAAGUCUAGAAACAUCCUCCUGUUAGCUGAGGUGUGGAGGGCAGCCUCCUCCAUCCAUACUCGAUGCCGGUUUGCAUCAUGGCUCAUGGCAGCGUCAGGUCAGUGAGGCUGUGGCGCGGUACGAAUACAAGCCUGUCACAUGUGCAGGUCCCGUGUUUCCAUCCACAUGGAAGCCAGCAGCUUCUGUGAGAAGUAAUGCACUCGGCAGAUCCUAGCAAGUGUGCCAAGAAGACGUGUCCGUGGUUGAGUAAAAUGUCUGCGAGGUAUUUUCCAGUGAUUAGAGUGCAGGAAAGGGCAGCCCUUUCAGACACCUGCAGUCUUUUUCCUUGUGUUUGUUAAAGAAUCACUGAGGUGCAUGAUUUCUAUACACCGACCGCUCUGCGUUUACAAAGCCAACAGCCCGCGCAGGCACCUGGCUGCCUGUGCUCGUGUGACGUGAUGGGGAACAGGAGAUCAAUAAAGGGUCUUGCU